AUGAUGUCUGCUGCUGCACCAGUCCAGUACCGUCAGCUGGGCAAAUCAGGCAUGAGGAUAUCAGUUCCGGUGAUUGGUGCAAUGAGCUAUGGAAGUAAAGCAUGGGGACCAUGGGUUCUCGAGGCCUCUGAAGCGCUCCCCAUCCUCAAAGCCGCUUGGGACAGAGGAAUCAACACCAUCGACACGGCGAACGUGUACUCUAUGGGUGCGAGCGAAGAGAUUGUUGGAAGAUUUGUAAGGGAGUACAACAUCCCUCGCGAAGAAGUCGUCAUUGCUACGAAAUGCUAUAAUCUUGUCCCCAAAACGCCUGAAGACAGCGCGUGGAAGAAUCCCGCCAUCGGGUCGACGCGCACCUACGUAAAUCAGCACGGACUCUCGCGCGCGGCGAUAUUCAACGCCGUAGAUGCGUCGCUGAAGAGGUUGGAGAUGGAGUACAUUGACCUCCUCCAGAUCCACCGCUUCGACGAGACGGUGCCGGUGGAGGAGACGAUGAAGGCGCUGCAUGAUUUAGUGCAGGCGGGGAAGGUCCGCUAUCUCGGCGCCAGCUCCAUGCGCUGCUGGCAGUUUGCGCUCAUGAACGAGGUCGCUGAGCGCCACGGGUGGACGAAGUUUGUCAGUAUGCAGAGCGAGUACUCGCUGCUGUAUCGAGAAGAGGAGCGUGAAAUGUACCCUUACUGCGAAUACCAUGGCAUCGGUAUCAUUCCGUGGUCGCCUUUGGCUGGUGGUCUUCUCGCCCGUCCGUACGGCACGGACACCCUUCGCACCGAAGCGACAAAGGGCAUGCCUUGGGAGCUUCCCGUCACGGACGCGGAUCGCGAAAUCAUCAAGCGCGUCGCGCUGCUGGCGGAGAAGAAGAGCGCGGAAUUUGUUGAGCGGUCGAAUGCAGCAGGCGGUGCUGACACACCACCCUCCGCCAACGAUGAGCCGCCGACCAUCACCAUGGCCCAAAUUGCGCUCGCCUGGGUGCGAAGCAAGGUCUCCAGCCCAAUCGCCGGGCUCAACUCGGUGCGUAGGGUGGAGGAGGCAGUGGGUGCGAGCUCAGUGGAGCUGAGCGAGGAGGAGGUGCGGUUUUUGGAGGAGCCGUACGUCCCAAGGCCAGUGAGAGGGCAUAAGUAG